AUGUGCGACUUCUUCAAGAACUACUACAUCUACGCAUCAUGCACCGACCCCGGUCUCCACUUCUACAAGAUCGAGCUGGACGGUAGCCCACAAGGUGCCUGCCCCAGAGCGCCUCAUGAACGGUUCAUCGUCAAGGGAGACAAGUGUGGCGCUACGAACAAGCAGGGGAGGGAAACCGGGAAUCUGGUGGUGGGGGCGUGA